AUGCUGCUCAAAUAUUUGGGCAAUGUUAUGCCACCAUAUGUGAGUAUGCAGAUAUUAUAUUUGACAGGCAGUGUGUUUUAAAAAUUAUCCCACAUCUCGCCCCAUUGAGUAAACAAUCAGGGCGAAUAGAAUGUAAUGAUAAACGUGUGUAAUAAACAUUGCGUAAUUUAUUUAUGCUUUUCAAUAAAAUUAUAAUCUUGUAAAAUCGUUCAAGUGAAACCGAUAACAAAAUAAACGCAGAACAAGAGAGCAAAGUAUCAGACUGAACUACAAUAACAAAAUAAAAAGAAAUACACAAUAUAAGAUUUUUAAAUGAUUAUAGGAUUACGAGAAUCGAGUAGUGGGUAUUGUAUGGUCGCCGAACAAUUUAAAGCUAGCUGUCGCCUCCUCCGAUCGUUACGUUUAUCUCUUCGAUGAGAAUUGCGUGAAACGGGACAGGUUCUCGACGAAACCGGUCGAUUCGAAGUUUGGCAAAAAGAGUUAUGUGAUCAAGGGUAUUGCCUUCUCUCCAGACUCGACCAAAAUAGCCGUUGGCCAGACAGACUGUAUAAUUUACGUUUACAAAAUUGGGGAACAAUGGUACGUGAUGAUAACAAAAGAUUGUCUGAGUGUUUUCUUUCGAAGCAUACAUCUUUGUUUCCAUACAUACAGGGGAGAGAAGAAAGUGAUUUGCAACAAGUUUCGCCAAAGUUCCGCCGUCACUUGCUUAAUUUGGUUGACCGAGGGGCCAAUUAUAGUUGGCUUGGUGGACGGAAAAGUUCGAGCGGCGCUAGUGAAGUCUCAGAAAGCUCAGACACUCUACACGGCUGAUUCAACAACAAUUGCCCUGGCACCGAACAUGCGAGGGACAGGUUUCCUAUCCAGCCAUGCCGACGGGAGCAUAAUAAAGUAUCACUUAACCGAGGACGGGAAUCACGAGCCUUCGGGGCGUAUCUGCACGCACACGGUGCCGGCGUACGCGCUAGCUUGGACUCAAUGUCACGUCAUGGCCGCGGGAUGCGACAGGCGAGUGGCAUUUUACGAUUCUCGUGGAAAGCUGGUGAAGAGUUUCGAUUACAGCCGCGAGAACGAGAAGGAGAUAGCGUCAGCUUGUUGCAGCCCCAGCGGGCAGAGCGUUGCCAUUGGUUCCUGGGACAAGAUAAGAAUCUUGGACUGGAGUCCACGACGCUCUGUCUGGGAGGAGGCCAAUUCCAAGGCCUUGCCCAACUUCUACACCGUCACCGCGAUAUCCUGGCGUCGCGACGGCUCCAGGCUGCUGGUGGGUAGCCUCUGCGGCGCUGUAGAGCAGUUCGAAACAGUGCUGAAGAGAACGGUGAUACGAGGCAGCCACGAGGUAGCGUACGUUGGACCCAGCCAGGUGGUGAUCCGACCACUGAACGAGGGUAAUCGACCGGUGAUUGUCAGGUCUCAGACUGGUUACGAGAUAGAGGACGUGAAGGUGCUCGGGAGGGCUGACAACAACGUAGUCGCACGCACAGCCAACACCCUGCUGCUUGCCGACAUCGAAUUGAACCUAAUCAGCGAAAUCCCUUGGGAUGACAAGAGCAACAAUGAGAAGUUCUUCUUCGAGUAUCCGAGGGUCUGCCUCAUCUUCUGCUCCGGCGAGCUGACUAUAGUCGAGUACGGGAACAACGAGGCGUUGGGCUCAGUGAGGACAGAAGCGGUGAAUCCUCACGUGGUCAGUGUGAGGAUCAAUGAGAGACAGGCCCCUGGAGCAGCAGACAACAAGAGGCUCGCCUACCUGUUGGAUCCAAGGACUGUUCGUAUCAUGGAUCUGAUCACUGGCCUCACUAUUGCCAUGAUUUCUCACGAUGUGCGGGUAGAUUGGUUGGAACUUAGCGAGACUGGCCACAGGUUGCUGUCUAGGGACAAGAGAGCCAGAUUAUGGCUAAGCGACGAACUAGGUGGAAGGACAUUGUUGUUGACUGGAGUUAGUUUUGCUUCCUGGGUAUUAGGUAGCGACGUAGUAGUAGCCCAAACUGCCCAGACUUUGGCAGUCUGGUACAACGUUGAUGCACCUGAAGUAGCCACUCUAAUUCCUGUUCGUGGUGAUGCUGUGGAUAUUGUUAGAGAGGAUGGGAGAACUUCUGUUACGGUGGAGGAACUUGGAGGCAAAGUGGCCUACCUGCUUGAUGAACCAUUAAUAGAAUUUGGCACAGCACUGCAUGACAAUGAUUUUGGCAGAGCUUUGUUGUUCCUAGAGGAUCUGGCAGACAGACCUCAAGCAGAGGCUAUGUGGGAAAAUGUAGCCAGGAAUGCAAUGGCUUCUAGACAAUUACUGGUGGCUGCCAGAUGCUACGCUGCUCUUGGAGAUGUAGCUUGCUCAAGAUUCUUGAAAAAUAUAAUAGAAAUCGGCGAAAAGUACCGUACAGAGACUGGGCACGAUCCACUUUCUAGUCCUGACUGUUGGGCAAAGCUUGCAAUUCUAAAUGGCGAAUUAAAGACUGCAGAAGCCAUUUACUUGGAACAAAAUGAAUUGGACCAGGCUCUGGACAUGUAUCAGAGAUACUGGCACUGGGAGGAUGCGUUGAUUUUAGCACAAAAUAGAGGUUGGCCUGGUCUCCAAGAGCUUAGAGACAGGCAUUUAACCUGGCUACUUGAAAGUGGUCAAGCGGCCAGAGCUGCUGCCAUUUUGGAAUCCACUAAUCCUCGACGUGCAGUGAAGCUAUACCUAAAUGCUCGCCGACCUGGUCGAGCAGCCAGACUUGUUCUGGCUAAUGAAGAACUGCUGGAAGAUAGAUCUAUUGUCAAUGAAACCGUGAAAGUGUUAAAAGCGACAGAUCUAAUGGAACUAGCCGGAGAGUUGUUGGAGAGGACUUCAGAGCCUCUGGAAGCUAUCAAAUGCUACUCCCAAGCUGGAGUAUUCGCGAGAGCACUGGAAUUGGCUAGAAAAGUGGAUCCAACUUCGGUAGUUGAUCUUGAACGAGAAUGGGGCAAGCAUUUGGUUUCAGCUGGUCACUAUGAUGCAGCUAUUAAUCAUUUCAUAGAGGCAGGAGAAACUGCUUUGGCACUGGAUGCAGCCAUCAAUGCACGACAAUGGAGGAAAGGCCUACAAAUUAUGCAGGUGAUCGAAGACGAUGAUCCCACGGUAAGGAAGCAAUGUGAGAAACUGGCCGAGUAUUUCGCUUCUAUAGGCGAGAAGAACUUAGCAGAGAGACUGUUCAUUCGUUCUGGGGACGCCAAACGUGCGAUUGAUGUUCACAUACAAAAUGGAAACUGGAGCCGUGCUCACGAAAUAGCCCAGGAGUACAUGACUUCUGAUGAAGCGAACGAAGUCUUGGCGAAACAUGCAACGAUCCUUUGCGAAGCGGGAGAUCUGAAACAUGCAGAAGAACUGUAUCUUGCUAUUGGCAAGUACGAUUCAGCCAUAGCAAUGUACAGAAAGGCUGGUCGUCGUACAGACAUGAUUAGAUUGGUGGCAAAGUACAGACCAGAUCUUUUGGAGACCACUCACGCACAUUUGGCCGGAGAAUUAAACGAGGCUGGAAAGCCUCAUGAAGCUGAGGAACAUUAUGUUGCAGCUGGAGACUGGAGAGGAGCGGUGACUGCUUACAGGGCAGCCAAUAUAUGGGAGGAUGCUCUUCGCGUGGCGAAACAACACGCUGGAGAUAACGCAGCCCAACAGGUGGCUUUAAUAUGGGCACGUACACUGGCACCAGAAUUAGCAGCAAGACUGUUGAUGCGACUGAAUUAUUUAGAUGGUUGUUUGCAGUUAGCUUGCGAGGCUGAUCUAUUCGACUGGGCUCUAGAAAUUGCCAAAUAUGGGAGUGCCGACCAAAAGAAAGAAGUUCACUAUAGACAUGCCAUGGCACUGGAAGAUGCAGGCCAUUUCUCCGAGGCCGAGAAAGAAUUUAUCAAAGCUGGAAGAACAAUGGAGGCUGUUCAAAUGUACAUUCACACUCGAGACUGGGAGGCUGCUGAAGAUGUAGCCCAAUCCAUUAACCAAGAUGCAGUUGCUCAAGUCCUCAUUGCCAGGGCUGGAGAAGCAGCUGAAGCACAAGACUAUUCUUUGGCUGAGACUCUGCUACUGAGAGCCCACAAGCCAGAAAUGAUUAUCGAGCACUAUAAGAAAGCUGGAAUGUGGUCUGAGGCAUUACGCGUUUGCAGAGAAUAUUUGCCUAGUCAAGAAGCGAAUCUCAGGCGUGAACUGGGUCAAAAGAGCACCUCCUUUGCCGGUACAAACGCGUUCGAGGAAGCCAGAAAGUGGUUGGAGGUUGGCGAAGUGCAAGCUGCUCUGGAUAUUUUAAUUCUGGACCCUCAAGCGCCCAGGUCAUCUCUUAUCAAGGCUGCCGACAUUCUGCUUCAUCAGGCUGAUCCAGAAACUGCCGCCCAAGUCGGUGGAGACCUUGGUUCACGAUUGUUUGCCAUUGAAGAAUAUGCUGUUGCUGCUCAGGUAUUUUUACAGGCAGACAGAUUGAAAGAUGCUAUUGAUGCAUUGGCUGCAGUUGGAGAAUGGGAGAAAGCUAAAAGAAUUGUGAAUGAACUAGCACCGGAUAUAGAGCCUUACUUGGAAGAAAAAUAUAAAGAAGCAAUGCUGAAGGAUGGACAAAUAGAUAGACUUGUGGAAAUAGACGCAGACGCUGGCCUUGAAAUAUUGGCCAAUAAAGGUCAAUGGAACCAAGUGUUUGAAACCGCUAGCGCUCAAGGGACUCAGGUUUUACACAAAUAUGUGACACAAAGGGCGGUGCAACUUCUGAGAGGAAAUACUCCGCUGGAAGCUUUGCAGUUAUAUGUCAGAUACGGAGCUCCUCCCAUCCAGCAAAAUUUCAACCUCUACUUACAAUUGUCAGAAAGCAUUCUGAACUCGGAGGCUUAUUACGAAUACAGAUACUUAGCUCACUUGAGAACUGUACUCUUGGACCUUUGGAAAGGUUUAAAAUCGUCAGAAUCCGAUGCAAGAUCGAAAUUCGAGAGAUUACUCGAAGCUACACAUUAUUCAACAGUGAAAUGCGGUUGUCGCGAUUAUUCUGUACUUUCUGGAUUAGUCUUGAAAGCCUCCAUUACUUUACUGAGGUACACAAACAUCCUUCAUGCUGACCGAGCUUACUAUGAAGCUGGAACUGAAGCACGCGCAGCAGGAAGAAACAGCGAGGCUUUUGUUUUUCUGAAUCACUUUCUUGAUUUGGAGGAAUGCAUUGAAGAAGGUGAUAAUACUGUGAUGGAUGUUGAAGAUUUGGCUGUAACAGACUUUCCUGUGGAGGUUCCUCUGCCAGAGACGUUGAGUUUAACAGCAGAACAGAGAGAGGAGGCUCGUGAAUGGGUUCUUGCCAUGUCUAUGGAUCAGAAAGUGGAGCAAGUUCUGCCUACGGAUCAUAGAGGAGUCUAUGUAGGAUCAUUGACUGCCUCUGUUGGUUCUGGAUAUCUUCAAGGUUGCAUUUUGACUGGAUAUCCUAUUCGAGGUUCAAUAAUUAGAUUUGCAGAGGGUCAGCAUGUAGCAGACCGCGAUGACUGGACAAAAUUAAUCAACACUGCACGUCAGGCUCCUCAGGAUUCAAAUCUUAAUGACAUUUUAGCUUUCAUUCAAGAGUGGUUUGGAGCAGCUCCGAAUUAUUCUUUUUAA